AACCAAAAGAAAGAGAGAAAGAGGGAAGGAAUUGAACGAAAGACAUAAAGGUUCUCCUACCUCCAUCUAUCAUUCAAAAUUUAUCCAUCUCCCUUACCUUAGCUUAUACACUCUCCUCCCCCUCUCUACACAAAUAAUACCAAUUCUUCUACCCUUUUUUAUUAUUAUCAAAAGCAGGUCGGCCUCACAAAGCUUAACUUAGCUGCGCUAAGCUUCUCAAAAGAAAAAAAUAAGGGCAUGUUUGGCAGCUAUAUAUAGGCAACAAGAAGGUGAAAAAACAGCAUCAACAAAAACCAAACUUCCUUCAAUUCAUACUAGCUAGCUAGCAGAUCUUUUAUAUUCCCAAGGAACUGAACUGAGAGAAGGAAUGAAUAGAGGUGUUAUGCAGAGCCCAAGCUGGUGGAGCCAUGCCAACAAUACCAUGAGGCCUCCCACAUCUCAUCACCACCAUCAUCAUCAUCAUGAUAAUCAUCAUCAUCAUCAAGAAUCUGCAAAUAGUACUUCAUCAUCACCUUUCAUGGCUCAUCCUGAUCAUAUUCCCCACAACCUCUUCCCUCACCUAACCCCACCCCAACUCCCAACCCCAUCAUCCACUCACUCACUUCCAUUUUCUUCUUGGAUCAAUGAUUCCCAACUGCGCCUCCCUCCUCCAGCUGACUCUUGGAGCCAACUCAUCUUGGGAGGAUUAGUGGUUGAUGGAGAUAAAUCAGAUGGAAUGGCUAACUGGGAAGGGCAACAACAGCUACUUAGCCAAGGCACGACCACAUUCGACACAAAGCAGCAAAAUGUCAUCAACACGUCAGCAGCAAACAGCUGCUAUAUCUAUGGUGGUGGCAUAGAAAAUAAUGCAGACUUUUUAGCAAAGCCUUCUACUAAUUACAAUAACAACAAUAACAACUGGUCUCAGUCUUCUCCAUCCAAAUCUUGCAUUACAACUCUGAGCUGCACUGAUACCAUGUUGAAUUCCUCCAACACCAUUGUUAUGUCGCCCCGUGCUCGACAUCCUCCACCCGAUCACUCGUCCGAGUGCAUCAGCACCGCUACAACUGGUGGGGCACCUAAGAAGCCUAGACUUCAACCUUCGUCAAGUUCUCAAUCUACCUUCAAGGUUAGAAAGGAAAAGUUGGGGGAUAGAAUUACUGCCCUUCACCAGCUGGUUUCUCCUUUUGGAAAGACUGACACAGCUUCAGUGCUGUUAGAAGCUAUUGGAUACGUUAGAUUCCUUCAAAGUCAGAUAGAGGCCCUUAGCUUGCCUUACCUGGCAACUGCAACAUCUCAUGAUCAAACCAUAAGCCACCAUCAACAAUCAACGGUCAUACAAGGGGAAAUGAAUACUUUAUUCCCCGAAGACCCUGGUCAGGUUUCGUCAAAUGAAGAAUCAAAGAAAGACCUGAAGAGUAGAGGGUUGUGCCUAGUCCCAAUAUCUUCCACAUUACAAGUCGGAAACAAUAAUGGGGCUGAUUACUGGGCUCCUACACCCUAUGGAGGGGUGGGUUUCUUAUGAUGAACUAUCUGCAGUUAAUCAUUUCAGAGCACAGUAUUAGAAAUGGGUUACCACUUAAUCAAGGCCGGCCGGAUAAAUAAAUAUAUAUAUACAUAAUGUGUGUGUAUAUGUAUCAAAUUAAAUACAAGACAAUAUAGCUGCUAUAACAUCAUGAGCAGUCCAUCUGCUAAAGUUAUAAGGUUGAUUGCUCAUGAUGGUAUACGUUUUAUUUGAUCUAUCUACUGAGGUUUUAACGUGUGCUUGAGUUGUUUGUAAUAAUGAUAUGAUCUUAUUUAUUAAGAGCUCUUAAUUAAUCAAGAUCAUUAUAUCAGCCUUUUUUUUCAUUUCAUUUAAAGGUUAUGUUUGUCACAACACUUCAACUCAAAAUGUGCUGAAAUAUCUCAUACUGAGG